AUGGUAAAAAUAAUAUAUAAAGAAUUCUUAGCAUUAUUUCUUUAUCUUUUAAUAAAUGGAUAUUCGGGAAAUGAUGGAGUUGAGAAAAAAAAUGAAAUAUACAGCGUAACUAUGAAAGAUUUCAACAAUAUUUUAUAUGAUCAAGAGAAAUUUACAUUUUUAGUUGUAUACACUCAUUGGUGCUAUAGAUCGAAUUUAUUAUUAGAAAACUUAGAAAAAAUAUCGAAUUUGUUAAAGUAUGAUAAUAAUAUAAGGAUAGCAAAAAUAAAUGCUGCAGUUAAUAGUGAAAUAAUAGAAAAACUAAGUGUCUAUAGCUAUCCUUCUUUGUAUAUGAUAAAGAAAGACGAAAUGCAUAAAUAUAACGGUGUAAAUAGCAUCAAAAAAAUAUUAUUAUGGAUAUAUCAAUAUCUAGACAAAAGUAUAUAUGAAAUAAAUAAUAAAGAAAAAUUAACAUUAUUGCUAGAGUUAGAAGAAUAUAAUAAUUCUAUUUUAUUUUUUAUAAGCAGAAAAGAUAAAGAUAUAAAUCUAGUCAAUAACUUAGUUGAAAUAUGUACGUUAAUAGGUAAAACUUUUUGUUUUUAUAUAAAACAAGAAAAUGUAAUUCAUUUUCUUGUAAACACUGUAAUAUCAAAUAACUAUCAUUACGAUACUGUGGAGUUACAAAAGAAAGAUAUUUAUGGGAUUUUAUUUAAAAAUGAUGAUUUUGAUGAACAUUUUUAUAUAACUGAUGAAAGUGUAAAUAAAUUAUAUGACCCUGAAUGUUCAAAAGAAGAAAAAAUAGAAAUGUUAGUAAAGUGGGUUCAGAAAAAAGUUGAACCAUUAGUUAUUAAAUUUUCUGAAUAUUAUUUUCCAUUACUGUUUUCAAGUAAUACUGUUACCUUAUUUAUAUUAUAUAACGAUAUAAAUGAGUUAAACAAAUUAGAUAUUAUUAAAUGUGCAAAGAAAUAUAAAAAUAUUACUUUUUCAAUUUCUGGAAAUUUACAAGUGUAUGAAAAGAGAUUAUUAUCUGAGUUACUUAUAGAACAAUUAAAAAAACCACUCAUGAGAAUUACUGAAUUUAAAAAUAAUAUAACUAUUCCAUAUAAAUAUAAACCUGUCAAUGACGAUUUAGAAAUAAAUGAAAAGAAUAUAGAGGAUUUCAUCAAUGGAUAUAUGGCGGGAAAAAAAUAUUUCUACCGAAAAAGUGAAAGACCAUUACCUGAAGAAUUCAAUAAUGGAUAUGUAAAAAUAAUAGUUGCUGACACGUACGAUGAAUAUAUAUUUAACAAUGAUAAAAAUGUUGUAGUAUUAUACUAUGCACCAUGGUGUGGGCAUUGCUAUAAAUUUGAGCCAGUGUACAGAGAAGUUGGAAGAAGAUUGAAGUUGUACGCAGCUAAAUUCAAAGAUUUUAAUAAUGAUAUAAUAAUAGGAAAAAUAGACGCAGUAAACAACGAAAUAUAUAAUAUACCCAUCGAGGGAUACCCUACCGUUUAUCUAUAUACAAAGGAAAACAAAAUGGCGCCUAUGAGGUAUUUAGGACCAAGGACUGUAGAAAGAAUUAUCACUUGGAUAUGCGAAAAAACAAACACAAACAUAGAUAUAUUAGAAUUUCUCAACUUAAAUUUGGAUGAUGAGCAGCUUUUCGAGAAUUAUGAAGAACUGUGA